UAGCAGAAGCUCAACCAAGAACUGUAACUCCAUGCAUCCGUUGAAAUCCUCCAAAACAAUUAGCCAAACGAUUGUCUCCCUUGUCUUUUCUUUUGUUGAACUUUGAAACGAAUCUAGAAGCAUGGAUCUUUCACAAAAGAGAAAGAGAUUCCUUGAAGCAGAAGAUGAAAGCAGUUCCAGCUCAGAUGAUAAUUACGUACCAUACAUUACGCUCAAUGAAAGGAAAAAGGAGAAUGUCCAGGAUCUGUAUAAACGGAUGGGAAUCAGUGCUACGAAAUUAAUGAAGUCCGACAAGCACUUGGGUUCGACGUCGGCCAGCAGCAGCACCAACAGCAUAAACAAACUGCUUCUGAUGCAGGAUGAAAACAGCGAAGUCCUGGAGGACCUUGACAAGAAAGACAUUGAUGAGGAGGAGGAAAUAUGUUCUGGGCCGAAAGCGAACAUCAGUUUGUUGGAUCAACACAGUGAGCUGAAGAAGAAAGCAGAAGCUCGAAAAGAAACUGCAAGAGAAAAGAUGCUGAAAGAAGAGGAGAAGAUUCUGGAAAGUGUAGCAGAAAAGAAAGCUUUGAUGGGUGUGGCAGAACUUGCCAGAGGAAUACAAUAUGAAGAACCCAUAAAGACUGGAUGGCGCCCUCCACGCCAUAUUUUGAACAUGUCAGAGCAGCGUCAUGCUAAAGUGAGGAAAAAGGGCCACAUUUUAGUUGAAGGUGAAGACCUACCUGCCCCUAUAAAGACCUUCAAGGAGAUGAAAUUCCCCAAGGCUAUCAUCAACGGCUUAAAGAAAAAGGGAAUCACUAAACCAACCCCUAUACAGAUUCAGGGCCUACCUGCUGUUUUGUCAGGUCGAGACAUGAUUGGGAUUGCUUUCACAGGCUCUGGUAAAACACUGGUAUUCACUCUGCCCAUUAUUAUGUUCUGCAUGGAACAAGAGAAACGACUGCCCUUCAUCAAGAAUGAGGGCCCGUAUGGCCUCAUAAUCUGCCCUUCGCGGGAACUUGCACGACAGACUCAUGAAAUAAUCAAGUACUACUGCAAUUGUAUGGAACUCGAUGGCCUACCAGCCCUGCGCUGUGCGCUGUGUAUCGGAGGUAUGCCUGUCAAAGAUCAAAUCGAACUUGUCAAAAGAGGUGUCCACAUCAUGGUUGCCACACCUGGUCGGCUGAUGGACAUGCUGGACAAGAAAAUGAUAACUCUAGAUGUCUGCCGUUACUUGUGCAUGGACGAAGCUGAUCGUAUGAUUGACAUGGGGUUCGAAGAAGAUGUCAGGACAAUAUUUUCUUAUUUCAAGGCUCAGAGACAAACUCUACUGUUUUCAGCCACCAUGCCAAAGAAAAUCCAAAACUUUGCCCGCAGUGCAUUGGUGAAGCCAGUUACAGUGAAUGUUGGUCGAGCUGGCGCCGCCAACCUCGAUGUUAUUCAGGAAGUGGAAUACGUAAAACAAGAAGCAAAGAUUGUCUAUUUACUGCAAUGUCUCCAGAAGACACCACCACCAGUACUGGUAUUUGCUGAAAAGAAACAGGAUGUGGACGCCAUCCAUGAAUAUCUUCUACUCAAAGGAGUCGAGGCCGUUGCAAUUCAUGGAGGAAAAGACCAAGAAGAGAGAACUCGAUCAGUGGAACAAUUCCGGAACGGUCAGAAAGACGUUCUUGUAGCAACAGAUGUGGCAUCAAAAGGCCUUGAUUUCUCUGACAUUCAACAUGUCAUCAAUUAUGACAUGCCAGAAGACAUAGAAAACUAUGUCCAUCGUAUUGGCCGUACAGGAAGGUGUGGUAAAACAGGUACAGCAACAACAUUCAUUAACAAGACCGUGGAUAAAUCAAUUCUGUUGGAUCUGAAACAUUUACUGAUGGAAGCCAAACAGAAAGUGGCACCAUUCCUGGCUACAUUACAGUCUGAGAGUGAGAAAUACCUGGACAUUGGAGGAGAAAUUGGUUGUUCUUACUGCGGUGGUUUGGGUCAUCGUAUUGCAGACUGUCCCAAAUUGGAAGCACUUCAGACCAAACAAGCUCAAAAUAUUGGACGCCGAGACUAUUUGGCACACAAUGCUGCAGAUUGGUAAAACUUGAAGAGAGAGAGAGAGUGUAUGUUAUGUGUACGGUGGAGAUAAAAGUUGCUCCUGUCUGUAUUACAACAUACACAUUUUUCAUUAUAAAUUAUAUUUUUAUAAAAUAAAAUAUUUCAAAAUGA